UAGACAUGGAUACAGUACAAAAAGCGGGUAUAGCAAUUAUUAUAUUCGGUCUUAUUACCAAUUGUCUGGGUUUUCGCAAAUGCAAUCCUGAUAAUGGACCAAGCGGAGUUUACGACUGUGUGCCAUUAAAAGGCUACGAUAAGCCACAGUAUGCAACAUGCCUAACAAAUUCCUAUGCUAAGAUGAAAACGAAUUACCGAUAUGCUUGUGAGAAAAAUCUGUAUGGGAUACGUCCUACAUACUGCUGGUAUCAAUGUAUGGUUGAGUUGCACGAUAUGGAUAACGGACAAGUUAAAAACGACUGUACAUGUACCCUUGGACAACAUGUGACAAAAUACCCUUGGUUUAUCCCGACAACACAAUCACCUAUACCUGGACGAUGUCACACUCCUUCAGGAUAUGACUGCCUCUGGUUCAGCACUUGCUUAAAUUCCAAAUAUUCUUGUCAUGGUAAGGAUUACAAAGAAGUGAUUGAAUUGGGUUCAAACUUUUGUAACUUUGCGUCAAAAACUAUAAAGAAGAUUUCCGAAAAUGGUUCUUUAUGGUAUGAAAAUGCUCAGAAAUGCUUUCAAGUUCAAAUGGCUCCUGUUUUGAAACAAUGGUUGCAUCUCAACUGUUCUACUGUAGAAAAUAAAGCUACUUCUGUACGUAACCAAUGUCUUUCAAAACCACUUGGUGUCAUAUCAUUAUGUGAUUUGUCCCAUGAUGUUCAAUGGACUAUAUUUUGGAGCAUAAGAGAAUCAUUCGAAACAAAUCUUGUUCCAAGCAUUGCGCAUUUCAUGCAUUUAAUUCAGAAUUGUUCAACACCAGAGAAGGAAAGUAAUAUAACGGAAAUGAGACUGUUCUACACGCAGACGGUCAAUAAACACGUUACAAACAAAAUGAUUGAGGAUUAUUUUUCUAAAAUUGUAACAAAAAUGAAUUGGCAAGACGAAGGAAUACGUUGGUUUUGCGUGUUGUCACAACACAUAACUGUAUAUUUAUCUGUACCUCUAAAAACCGAUGAAAAUCAAAAGAAGCAAAAUGAUACAAGUUUAGACGAGGCACUGAUGAAAUUCGCAAAUGCCUUCGAAGAUGGCGAAUUUCAAGGGAACUUGAUACAACUUGACAAAAUGUUUGUGUGUAAGGACAUUCACUGUGAAGAUACGUACCUACACCGUAACGCCUCGUAUCCAGAACAAACAACACCUAGAAAGCAUGAGGAAAAGAAAAACAGCCAUGUUGGUAUCAUGGGGAUAGGAAUCGGAGUGUUUGUAGGAAUAUUUGGUGUUGCUGUUUGUGUCAUGUGCUUAGCAAGAUGGGUACGACUAAACAGACCACGUGACAUUAGACAUUUCAUCCUAACGGAAGACUAGGAAUAAACUUAUACAUGGAUUUGAUUUCAAUAUGCAACUCUUACGUUCACUAAUUUAUAAAACAUUGCUACCCAUUAGGUAUCAUUGUUUAAUAAUGUACGUAGCUCGAUACGUAACUGAUUUGUGAGGAUUGUGUUGAUUAACAAAAUUAACGAAAUACAAAAUUCCCAUGGAUAUUAUUCUGGGAAAAAUUUAUUAAAAAUCAUGGAUCCUAGAUUUAUAUAUUUUUUUCUUUUGCUUAUUUUAACAAAAUAAAUCGAGUACUGACAACCAUUUGAAUGAUGUUUAUGUGUGUGUGUGUUUGUGUAGAUAUAUGUUGUAUACACAUUUGUCAGUUUUCCCCAAUAAAAUUGAGAAUGUAAAUGGGGAAUGUGUGAAAGAAACAACCACCUGACCAAGAUCAGAAAAUAGUCGAAGGGCAUGGGACUUCAACACAGCAAGAAAAUUUCACACCCGGAGGGGUGCUUCAGCUGGUCCCCAAACAAUAAUGAGUACUAGUUCAGUGAAAAUGGAUGGAAUACUUAACUCCUAAAUAUAUAAAUAAACAAAAUUAUAAAUCUUUCGAGACUAACAAAGACUGUUGUUAUGUUAUACUUUUGCUUUUGUUUUGAAAUAUAUUUUUUUAUGUGUGUCCGUUGCGGCCUUCAAAAAGUGUAAAUAGUCAUAUUUACUAGUCUUCAACGGGUUAUAAAUAUUUCCUUGGGCACUGAUUGCAGUCCUCUAAGUAUUUAUUUUUAUUCAAAAUAUUGAAGAAUUAUCUUGAUAUAGACCCGAAAUUUACCAAGAUAAAAACAAAAUUAAAAAUAGAUAUCAACUACUGUCUUUACUUAAGUAUUUCAAUUAUUUACUCAGGACAAUCUGUACUAAAUUUAACGAUACAAUGCACGACAGCUUGUUUCCGUUUGUUAACUGUCACUCUUUUUACCAUGAAAUUUUUUUUCUUCAAAUUUUAACAUGUUUAUAUAUCCUAUCUUUUUCAUUUUACUCUUGUUUCUAGUGAUAUUCAUAUAUGUUACCUAUAAAUUAUAAAGUGAGGGAUAUGCCCACGACCAAUUAUUCAAAACCUUUACUCACAUAUUUUACAAGAUACAAGGAUUUUGUUUGAAAGAUUGGCUGUAUCUAUAGCGUCCACAUUUAUUUUGACGUUAUUUGUCAGCGCAUCAUUAAUAUCUUUUUGAUAUCAAAAUAUAAUCCAUAUAACACUGUAAUAAGACUUUAACAUAUUGUGUUCAUUGUUAAUAAUAGUGAUUUCCUUAUCAAUAAAUAACACAUACCUAAAU